AUGGAGUCUAAGUUUACUAAAUUCGUGCUUACUAAAGCAUCGGAGAGCCUUCGGCCGAUACCACACCGGUGCCUAAGAUUACACGCUCCACAUAGACCUGAGGCAUACCGAAUGCCCAACAUCACUAAGUUGAGCCCAAAAAGUGUCGAACCACUUUUUUGUAUCAACAGUUUGGUGCCACCGGCUUCUAGGGACCAGCCCCACCUACCGAAGAAGGUCUACACCGAUUGUCGCCACCGGCUUAAUGACAAGGAAGUUGAGAGACAGGGAUCACCGAUCAGGAUCAAUGCUCACUUAAGAGACUCCCGAAUGAGGGUUUUGGGAAACAAGUCGCCUAUUCUGAAGGUACGAGGUCUGGAAUCCAUGGCGGAAUCAGACCACGAAUAUGUCCCCUCUAAGACCCAAGGGACAACUUACCGUUCGGCAACACCUACACAGUACUCAGAGGCCAAGCAAUUGAGUCCGCAGCGACAUUCAGAGGACUAUGAUUUCGUAGAGAUUCCAAGCCGAGAUCCCGUCGUCUGA